AGCGGGUGCGCGGACCCCAGAGCGAGCGCGCCAGCCCUCCUCGCCAGUGUGUGUGGCAGCGGCGGCGGCGGCGGCAGCAGAGCGGCGAGGCUGAGGCUCUUGUUUACCAGCUAUUCACUCCGCGCUCGGCGGAGGGGGGGGAGAAAAAGGGAAAAAACCUGCGGACACGCGAGCGCACCGGGCGAGCUCGGGAGAGAGGCGGGCGGGCGAGCCAGGGGGACGCAGCCCGUGCGUCUGCCCCCGGCGCGCCCGUGCGGGAGCCUGCAGCCCCUCGGCCCCGCUCCCCCGCGUCGGGGGAGCUGCUCGGCUUUGACCUUCAGCGGAGCCGGAGCCCCCACGCGCGGGGCCGGCGGCGGCGGCGGCGGGCGGGGGCCGGCGCGGCGCGGGCGGCCCGCCGCUUUGUGUGCGCCCCGGAUUCGGGCGGCGGCGGCGAGCCCGCAGGACCCGCCGGAGCGGGGCCGCUCAUUCAUUUUUGACGCCGCAUCUCGCGGCCUCGCCCGCGCCCGGCACUUGGGGCGAAGCUUGCGAACUGCAUCGCGCCCUCCCCGCCGCCAGGGCUCAGGCAGCGGGCAGCCUCCCCCCGCGGUCGGGGCCGGGACGGAUUUGGGCUUUGCCCCCCUCUCGGUGCAGUUGCCCCCCCCCGCCACCCCCAUCUCUGCUUUGAAAAUGGAGGCCGCCGCCGCCUCCGAGCGCUCGGCCCGGUGCGCCCCGCGUUCUCCGGUGCGCCCAGCUCUCGGCCGCCGCUGAGCCGCCCCCCGCGCCGCCCGCCCCGUCCGCUCCGCCUGCGGACUCCUGUCUCCUUCGCCCUCGCCUUCGGAGAAGGGGGGCGAAGACUGCGCUGGUGACUCUCCCUUGCCCUCCCCACCCCUUUUUUAUUAUUUUGGAGAAAGGAGAGUGCUGUCCCCAGCCGCAGGGAUGAAGCCCGCCCUCGGAGGGGGCUCCCUGGCCUCGCUGUGGGCGCUCCUGUUCGUCGCCGCCGUGCUCGCCGUCUGGCCGACGAGCGGAGAAAUCUGCGGCCCGGGCAUCGACAUCCGCAAUGACUUCCGGCAGCUGAAGCGCCUGGAGAACUGCACGGUGAUCGAGGGCUACCUGCACAUCCUGCUCAUCUCCAAGGGCGACGACUACCGCAGCUACCGCUUCCCCAAGCUCACCGUCAUCACCGAGUACCUGCUGCUGUUCCGCGUGGCCGGCCUGGAGAGCAUCGGCGACCUGUUCCCCAACCUCACCGUCAUCCGCGGCUGGAAGCUCUUCUACAACUACGCGCUGGUGGUCUUCGAGAUGGCCAGCCUCAAGGACCUGGGCCUGCGCAACCUGCGCAACAUCACGCGCGGCGCCGUGCGCAUCGAGAAGAACGCCGACCUGUGCUACGUCUCCACCGUGGACUGGUCCCUCGUCCUCGACUCCGUGUCCAACAACUACGUGGCCGGCAACAAGAACCCCAAGGAGUGCGGGGACGUGUGCCCCGGCGCCCUCGAGGGCACCUCCACCUGCAACCGCACCUCCAUCAACAACGAGUACAAGUACCGCUGCUGGACCCAGGACCACUGCCAGAAAACCUGCCCGAGCGCGUGCGGGAAGCGGGCGUGCACGGACAACCAUGAGUGCUGCCACGAGGAGUGCCUGGGCGGCUGCACGGCCCCGGACGACCAGGCGGCCUGCGUGGCCUGCAAGCACUACUACCACGAGGGCGUGUGCGUGGCCGAGUGCCCGCCGGACACCUACCGCUUCGAGGGCUGGCGCUGCGUGGACCGCGAGUUCUGCGCCAACAUCCCCCUCGGCGACGAAGAGGACCUGGAGGAGGGCUUCGAGCUGGAGGGCUUCGUCCUGCACGACGGGGAGUGCAUGCAGGAGUGCCCGUCCGGCUUCAUCCGCAACGACAGCCUGAGCAUGUUCUGCGUCCCCUGCGAAGGGCCGUGCCCCAAGAUCUGCGAGGAGUACAAGGGCACCAAGACUAUCGACUCGGUGACCUCGGCUCAGAUGCUCCAGGGCUGCACCAUCUUCAAGGGCAACCUGCUCAUCAACAUCCGCAGGGGCAAUAACAUCGCCUCGGAACUGGAGAACUUCAUGGGGCUCAUCGAGGUGGUCACGGGCUACAUCAAGAUCCGCCACUCCCACGCGCUGGUCUCCCUGUCCUUCUUCAAAAGCCUCCGCCAGGUCCUGGGAGAGGAGCAGCUGGAGGGGAACUACUCCUUCUACGUCCUGGACAACCAGAACCUGCAGCAGCUGUGGGACUGGGACACCCACAACCUGACCCUCAAGUCCGGCAAGAUGUACUUCGCCUUCAACCCCAAGCUGUGCGUGUCCGAGAUCUACCGCAUGGAGGAGAUGACCGGGGCCCGGGGGCGCCAGGGCAAGGGCGACAUCAACACCCGCAACAACGGCGACAGGGCCUCCUGUGAAAGCGACCUGCUGCACUUCACGUCCACCAACACCUGGAAGAACCGCAUCAUCGUCACGUGGCACCGGUACCGCCCCCCAGACUACAGGGACCUCAUCAGCUUCACCGUCUACUACAAGGAGGCGCCCUACCAGAACGUGACCGAGUACGACGGCCAGGACGCCUGCGGCUCCAACAGCUGGAACAUGGUGGACGUGGACCUGCCCGCCAACAAGGACAUGGAGCCCGGCAUCCUCCUGCACGGCCUCAAGCCCUGGACGCAGUACGCCAUCUACGUGAAGGCCGUGACCCUGACCGUGGUGGAGAGCGACCACAUCCGCGGGGCCAAGAGCGACAUCCUGUACCUCCGCACCAACGCCUCAGUGCCUUCCAUCCCGCUGGACGUCAUCUCGGCCUCCAACUCGUCCUCCCAGCUGAUCGUCAGGUGGAACCCGCCCUCGCUGCCCAACGGGAACCUGAGCUACUACAUCGUGCGCUGGCAGCAGCAGCCGCAGGACGCCUACCUGUACCAGCACAACUACUGCUCCAAAGACAAGCUCCCGGUGCGGAAGUACACGGAAGGCACCUUCGACCUGGAGGAGGAGCUGUCGGAGAACCACAAGUCCGAGUCCUGCAAACCCCCCAAGGGGCCCUGCUGCGCCUGCCCCAAAACCGAGGCCGAGAAGCAGCUGGAGAAGGAGGAGGCCGAGUACCGCAAGGUCUUCGAGAACUUCCUGCACAACUCCAUCUUCGUGCCCCGGCCCGACAGGAAGCGCCGGGACCUGGGGCAGGUCUCCAACACCAGCUUCUCCGGCCGGGGCCGCAACAGCUCGGUGACCGACCCCUUCAACACCACCGAGUGGGUCAUCGACGACGACUCGGGCUGGGAGCACCCCUUCUUCGAGAGCCGCGUGGACAAGAAGGAGCGGACCGUCAUCUCCAACCUGAAGCCCUUCACCCUCUACCGCAUCGACAUCCACAGCUGCAACCACGAGGCCGACACGCUGGGCUGCAGUGCCUCCAACUUCGUCUUCGCCCGGACCAUGCCUGCAGAGGGAGCAGAUGACAUUCCCGGGCCCAUCACCUGGGAGCAGAAGGCCGACUCCGUCAUCUUAAUGUGGCCGGAGCCUGAGAACCCCAACGGGCUGAUCCUCAUGUAUGAGGUCAAGUACGGGUCCCAGGAGGAGGACCAGCGGGAGUGCGUGUCCCGGCAGGACUACCAGAAGUACGGAGGGGCCAAGCUGCAGAAGCUCACCCCGGGGAACUACACGGCCCGCAUCCAGGCCACCUCCCUGUCCGGGAACGGGUCCUGGACAGAGCCCAUCUUCUUCUUCGUCCAGGACAAAGCCUUGGACAAUCACGCCCACCUGGUCAUCGCCCUGCCCAUCGCCAUCGUGCUGAUCGUCUUCGGGCUGGCCGUCACGCUGUACGUCAUCCACCGGAAGCGCAAUCGCAUGGGGAACGGAGUGCUGUACGCGUCUGUGAACCCCGAGUAUUUCAGCGCGGCCGACGUGUACGUGCCCGACGAGUGGGAGGUGGCCCGGGAUAAGAUCACCAUGAACCGGGAGCUGGGCCAGGGCUCCUUCGGCAUGGUGUACGAGGGCGUGGCCAAAGGCGUGGUCAAGGACGAGCCGGAAACCAGGGUGGCCAUCAAGACGGUCAAUGAGGCGGCCACCAUGCGGGAGCGGAUCGAGUUCCUCAACGAGGCCUCGGUGAUGAAGGAGUUCAACUGUCACCAUGUGGUGCGUUUGCUGGGUGUGGUGUCCCAGGGCCAGCCCACCCUGGUCAUCAUGGAGCUUAUGCCCCGGGGUGACCUCAAGAGUUACCUCCGGUCUCUGCGCCCGGAAAUCGAGGGAGAGAGAGAAGGAGAGCCAACACACACCAUCCCGACCAGAGAGAAACACCGUCCACUCACUGCCUCCUUGAUUGGCUGCCUCCUGCGCGCCCCCAACCGGAGGUCGAGAUCGAGACCGAGCCCGAGCCCAAGCCCACCACCCCGGCCCCUCCCCGUCCUCUCACCGCCGACCCUCAGCAAGAUGAUCCAGAUGGCCGGGGAGAUCGCGGACGGCAUGGCGUACCUCAACGCCAACAAGUUCGUCCACAGGGACCUCGCUGCCCGCAACUGCAUGGUGGCUGAGGAUCUGACCGUCAAGAUCGGAGAUUUCGGCAUGACCCGCGACAUCUACGAGACCGACUACUACCGGAAGGGCGGGAAGGGCCUGCUGCCUGUGCGCUGGAUGUCCCCCGAGUCCCUCAAGGACGGCGUGUUCACCACCCACUCUGAUGUCUGGUCCUUCGGUGUUGUGCUCUGGGAGAUCGCCACGCUGGCCGAGCAGCCCUACCAGGGCCUGUCCAACGAGCAAGUCCUGCACUUCGUCAUGGAGGGCGGCCUGCUGGACAAGCCCGACAACUGCCCCGACAUGCUGUUCGAGCUGAUGCAGGUGUGCUGGCACUUCAACCCCAAGAUGCGGCCCUCCUUCCUGGACAUCAUCGGCAGCAUCAAGGACGAGCUGGAGCCCGGCUUCAUAGAGGUGUCCUUCUACUACAGCGACGAGAACAAGCCGCCCGACACCGAGGAGCUCGACCUGGACCCCUCCAUGCUGGAGUGCGUGCCCCUCGACCCCUCGGCCUCCUGCGCCUCCCUGCCGCUGCCCGAGCGCCACUGCCAGCACCACCACCACCACCACCACCACGACGGGCGCGAGCGCUACUGCCCCCACCACCACGACGGGCGCGAGCGCUACUGCCCCCGCCACCACGAGUGCCGGGAGCGCUACUGCCCGCACCACCGGCAGUACGAGCCGCCCCGCGAGCGCCAGCGUUACUGCCCGCACCGCGACAUCCAGCCCGUCCCCGACGGCCUGGGCCAGCGCGUGCUCAUCUACCACCGCUCCAGCCUCGACGACAGGCAGGCCUACGCCCAGAUGAACGGGGGGCGCAAGAACGAGAGGCCCGUGCCUCUCCCCCAGUCCUCCACCUGCUGAGGUGGGACCCCGUCCCGCGGAGCAGGGCCCCCCCCCGUGUGUGUGCGUGUGUGUGUGCACACGCGUGUGUGCUCGGCCCCAACCAUCUGGCCACGGCCGCCUGCACCUCGUGGGGCUGCUGCCCACAGGCCUCUCUGCCGGUCACACACACACACACACACACACACACACACACACGUGCGGGAUGACCCCCCCCCCCUUUUUUUUUUUUUUUUCCAAUAUGCAAGCAGCUGAUUGCCCUGCCCAAACCCUUAACUGACACGGGCCUUUUAGAACCUUAAUGACACUGAAAAAGCAACAGAACACUAGAGAAUCGAGUCUCCUCAUUCCUUCUCUGCCUCUCUCUCUCUGAUCUCUCCCUCUCCCUCUCUCUCUCUCUCUCUCUCUCUCUCUCUCUCUCUCUCUCUCUCUCUCUCUCUCUGCUUCAUAACGGAAAGAACAUUUGCCACAGCCCAGCCAGGACGCCCUUCUCGCCCGAUGGAGGCCAGGGCUGGCCGCCCCUCUGGUGCCCCCUCUCGCUCAUGCAUACCUGCCUGUCCCCGUGGGUCAGGCUGCAAUGGCAUUUUGUGUUUUGUUUUGUUUUUUAAAAAAAAAACACAAAAACCAAACCUAUCCUCUUUCACCUGUUUAGGGACACACUAGGGCCAUUUACAAAGGACCAUCGCCCAUCCCAGGCUGUUGCCAUGGUCACGCUGCCAAAUUCUGCCAAAACCCAGGGCUCGGUCCCUCGCACCCACACACCACUCCCCCCUCUCGUUUCCUGGUGGCCAGACGCGCGGGCGUGUGCGGUCCCCGCUCACCCCGAUCUGUGGCAGCCACGCGGGCGGUGACCUCCAUCCCAUCGUCCACGCAGGCCAGUUUGCGAUCGGAGGGGUUAUUCUCUGGGGGGACUGGGCCGACGGGGGCCACGUGCUGUCAGAGAUGGGAGAAGCCAGGGGCUCAGCCUCUGCGGCCCACAGGCCCUCUGAGGGAGCAAAGGUGGCUCACGUGCUACUCUGCCGUCCCCCCAGAGUCCGUCUGGCCCCCGAGGACACAUUGGAGAAGGGGUUUCCAGGGACAGAGCCCAGGGGCUCACGCAGGUUUUUGUGGGCGGGGGGAGGGAUGCAGACACCCCCGGUCACGGGAAAGCAGGCCGUGAGGCCAGCUGCCCGAGCCUGUGCCAUGUUCCGUUUCUAGAACUACCGUGGGUCUUUCGGUUCCGGGUCAGACCCGACCCAUCGGCAUCCCCAUCGGCUCCACGUCACUUGGAUAACUUUUUUUACGGUUCAGAUAACUCAUCGAUACACGUCCUUGUACAGAAAACAAAGACGGCUGCUAUUUUUGUUUUUUAUUUUUUAUUUUUUUGGUUAUCUUUGUGGAUCUAUUCUAUGAAAACUUUCAGGUUUCCCUCUCUCCCUUCUCUGCGUUCUUUGCAGAGCUGACGCUUUGGACUAGAUGCGCUGCUUCUCUCUCUCUCUCUCUCUCUCUCUAGGAACGGACUCUCGUAGAUCGGCCUUUGCCGCGAGCUGCCUCUGAUGCCUUUUUUUAUAAUUCUCUACUCCCCCCGCGCUCUGCUCCCCUUGGCCCCCUGCCAGAUCUGUUACAACCUGUAAGCUCUGUGGGCACCAGGCCGGCGAGGGAGGCGGCUGGAAAGGGGUUCCCCUCGCCCGCCCUCGCGCCCGGCAUUGCAGCCUCUGACCCUGUGCAAAGCCGUAGACAACCUCAGGUCAGAAUCCAAGGUCAAGUACUUCCCACGCCUGUUCAGUGUUCCUCGUGGCCGUGGGGAGGAAGGAGCCUCCCUCCUUUCCCUGGCCGUCUUCCUUUUGGAUGUGACACACUUUCUUUCUUUUUUUAAUUCUUGGGUACAACAGCAGUUUGAACUGCAGAUGCUAGUCAUUUGAAUUACAUUGUGGGGUUUUUUUGUGAUUUUUUUUUUUUUUUUUUUUUUUUUUUAGUGGAUAUUUAAUCCUUCCGUCCUUCGAAAAACAGCUGCUAAAUCUUAAGGGUGCAGUGGAGUGUGGUCGGCGGUGUUCCUGCCGCCGCCGCCACCUUCCAGACCGACCUACCUGUCCUGAGAACCAGGAAAUCCCCAGGGACACCCCCCCCCCCCCCCCCGUGCUGGCUCCAGGGGACCAGGGCGCUGGCACAGGUAUCCCUGAGCCUCGGGGUCUUUUAUUUCGGUUUUGUUUUGUUUUUUGUUUUGAGCGCUUUCUCACCAGCGCGAUGGCUCGACGACCACACACAGUUGCUGCUGGGAUGGAAACAAAGUUUAGAUGCCGAGUGAGAGCGGGAGCUCAGACAGGGCGACUGCUAGUCGCCAUUGGAGAUGAAACGAGGAGGAGGAGGAGGAGGAGGAGGAGGAGGAGGAGGAGGAGUCGUUUCAGCCCCAGAAUUGUCUUGAGCCCCAUUUCCCCCCAGUUGAUCCCUUUAGAAACUGAGUCAGAGAGAGAGGUUCGUGGAGAAGGUGCGUGCAGGAGUUUCCGUUGAUUUUCCGAUUCCGGUUUCCGUCGUGGUUCGAGAAGCGCAGCCCCCUGAUGGACCGCCAUCCCGACACGAGGGUUUAUGUGUGAAAGAAGAAGGGACAGUUUUUUGAGUUUUUGAUUUUUGGGGGGUGUUUUUUUUUUUUUUUUUUUUUUUUCCCCAAACAUGUAUCUACCUCACACUUCUUUUUUUUAUGUGUAUAUAACAACAAAGAAUACAUCUCACGUGUCUCAGCGCCUGACAAUACGCCAUGGGUGACCGGUACCUCAUCCACACACAGGCCGCGCCCGCCCGUGACCGUGACCCGGGGCCAGGCCGGGCCGGGCUGCAUCCGGGGGCCUCAGCUUCGCUCUCUCCGCCUCUCCGCUCCUCUCUGACGGCUUGCCUCUUCCUCGGCUGUCUCCUCUUGGCCUUGCUUUCUUCUUCUUCUUCUUCUGACUCGGUUCCCUACGAGGUUGUGAGGUGUCAGGAUUUCCCCUCCAUCUUGGCCCAGUGUCCCCCACUCGGCAGGGAGGUGAGGACACGUCCCCUCCUCACCCCACGCUCAGUGGGAAGGAAGGCCCGUCGGCUGCCCCAGCCGGUUGUCCUUGAACCCAGCUGCUCUGUGCAGACAGAACGGCGAGCCCCUUCGGGCGGCGGUUUCGGGAUCUAGAGGGCAGGAGGCGGCCGGGAGCGGCCGUCUCCGUUAGCGCCCAUCCCUGCCAGGCUCAGGGGUGGGUGGGCUCCAUGGGGCGCCACUCUGGCUGCCCCAGGCGGACGGGGUUCCUGUGCCAGGCACUCUUUUAAGAGCCCCCUCCGCCCGGCCUCCUGUCGAGAAUAGGAGGUCCCUACCUCCCAGCCAAUCCCUUCCAGAAUGUUCUGUGGAGAAGAGUUCCCCCCCACGUCCCCCGUCUCCAGAAUGUUCUCUGAAUUUCCCCCUCCCUCCUUUUCUCCUCCCCUUUCCAGGGGAAGACAAAAGAUGUACCAAGCCUUCGGGCUGGAGGGGGGGGUGGUGCUAGGCGCCAAGCCUCCUUUCUGGGGUGUGGGGGUGUCGCACCUCCCACCAGGCCUUGCCUCUCUGUCCCCCGGUCCCUCCACUGCUCAUGACGGGGGGUGGCGGACGGCGCGACCCGGUUCCAGCAGCUGCUCUCAGGCCCUGGUGAUGUGACGUGGGUGACGCAGCCCACAGGGGGAUCAGCGGGGACAGCUCUCCUGUCCCUGCAGGGACACCCCUCCCCUCUUCCCCAUGCCCUUGGGACCCUCGAGGCUCACCGACAGACGCUAUCUGAUGGGGGGUUCCCCUCGCCCACACACGCUGCCGGGGGACCCCUGGGCGGUGGCCUCCCCCCACUUUUGCACAUAACCUUCCGGUUUCCACGCGACUGGGGCGCCCGCCCGGUCCGCCCAGCCAGUCCCAAGGGUUUUUCUCUUUUCGUUCCAUCGUUUUCCGAGUUUUUUUGUUUUUGUUUUUUUUGAGUUUUCCGUCGGUGUGGUUCUGUUACUGUUUGACGUCGGUGGUUUUCCUCUGAGUAGAAAGCAAACACUAAAGCGUAGGCGUAGGGGCAGUAGCGCGCGUCCGUUAGAUAAACGCUUGCUGGGAGGGUGCGGUCAUCCUACUGGACCGAGCGCCCGGGGCCCGCCGCCAGGCUGGGGCCCCGUCUCCCCCUUGAUUUUGUUGUUUUAUUUUUUUUUUUUUAUCCUGUUUCUUACGCUCCGAAUAAUCCACUCGAGCCGGACUGCGACCUCCACCCCCGACAGCAGCUCUCCUGCUGCUCAAAGCGCUCAGAUGCGUCACGGAGCCGAGCUGAGCGCUCGCCAAGGCCCAGGCCGCGAUGUUCUGGAGACGCCUGCAAGGUCAAGGUCAAGGUCAAGACCCCGGCCGGCUGCCCAGGUCUCCUUCGGGGGGUGUCGUGACGUUGGACACCGUUGAGAUGAGCUUCCUCGGAGGAGGAGGAGGAAGAAGAGAGAAGGGGGAUCACGGCCAACACCAGCCUCCCCUUCCAGCCCGUUAACUCGCGGCGUAAAUAAGGUGUCCAAGAUCGUGGGGGGAAAAAGGAGGA